CGUACACAACCGGAAGUAUACGUGAUGGAAGAAGAUCUCGAAAGAAAAAGUGGAGAUAUGACUGAAAAUGAAGGCAUAGUAAAUGGUUCAGGAGAUCACAGUGUGAAUGAUUCACAGCCGUCAGGCAUUGACAGUUUAACAGACAGCACAGUGAUAACAGAAAGUACAGUCAUUAUUGAAGGACCUGAUGUGUCUGAUGAUGAAGGUAACUAUGACUACAGUGAUGAUUUUGAAGAUGAUGAUGGGGAAGAUGGCAGUAAUGAUGGAGAGGAAACAGACAUUGAAGAUAAUUUAGAACCACAAUUUACAGUUUGCCAGAAAGCUGACCCAGAUCUUCCUUCUACUGUUUCUGUAUUAGAUACAGGUUGGGGCAGUAAAGUCUAUCUUAUAGGAACUGCUCAUUUUAGUGAGGAGAGCCAAAAUGAUGUAUCUAAAGUGAUACAAAGGGUCCAACCGAAUGUAGUUAUGGUAGAAUUAUGUAACAGUAGAGUUAAUAUAUUACAUUUAGACGAAGAAACUUUAUUGGAAGAAGCUAAAAACAUUAACUUCGAAAAAAUCAGAUUAUCCAUACAACAGAGUGGGUUAGUUCAAGGAGUAAUGCAUUUGUUACUGCUAAGUAUGUCUGCUCAUUUAACCAAAGAAUUGGGAAUGGCUCCAGGUGGAGAAUUUAGAAGAGCAUUUAAUGAGGCUAAGCUGAUCCCAGGUUGUAGAUUAUAUUUAGGAGACAGACCAAUACAGAUUACUCUCAAAAGGGCAUUAGCAUCACUAUCAGUGUGGCAGAAACUGAGAUUAGCAUGGUAUCUUAUCACAUCCAAAGAUCCAAUUAGUAAAGAAGAAGUAGAGAAAUGUAAGCAGAAAGAUUUGUUAGAACAAAUGUUGAAAGAAAUGACAGGGGAGUUCCCUGCUUUGUCAGAAGUUUUUGUUGCAGAAAGAGAUGUAUUUUUGACCCACUCACUCAAAAAUGCGUCUUUGCCUUUAAGAUCGACAGAAGAACCACAUGAGUUACAGCCAACAACAGUUGUAGGUGUAGUUGGAAUAGGACAUAUGCCUGGUAUAAUCCAAAACUGGCCAAGAGAAAAACAUGACCUCAGAGAAAUCACUAGCAUACCAAAGGGAUCUGUUAUAGGAAAACUUUUUGUCUGGAGCUUCCGUUUGACUUUUUUAGGAAUUUUAUCUUAUGGGUGCUAUAAAGUGUAUAAAUGGACAUUUCCGUAUUUAUAUUUAAGACUUAGUAAAUAAAAACGUCAAAUACAUGAUGAUGUAUCAAUAUUUAAAACCAAGGAUUAUGUACAUGUUGAUAUGGGCAGUGGAAGGUAGUGUUACUAAAGGUCAUAUGAAGCCUACAUUUUAGUAUGUCUUUAGAUAGUAUAAAAUCUAUCUAGAACUGGUUAUUUGUAAAUGAAAAUUCCCUGGUUUAAGGUCUGUGUCUACACAGAACAAUAAAGCAAGUAAAAAUUACUUAUCUAAUUAAAUAAAAAGAUAUGUUGGGUAUACAUUAAUGAGACUACUACAUAUGACCUUUAACCUUUAACAGACAAAACUAUAAAUUAUGGUUAAUAGGAUUUUUUCUUAAAAAUCAUAGAAAAAAAAGUCUUAUAAGAUAAUCAUUGGAACAUUUACAGUCAUUGACAGCUGUAUAAUGUGGAAAUUUAUUUAGUCACACCACAAAAUUUGGAAGUUUGAUACAAUGUUAACCUUGUCAACAGGUCUGUCUACUUUUGUUAAGGUCUUCUAUAUCUUAAAGAGACAUUUCCUAAUAACACAAAGUGGCAUAUCAAUGAUAUUUCACCACAUUAUGUAGUACCAAACAUAUCCUAUACACUAAAGACAAUUGGACAUUCAUGUUAUACUGAGUGAUUUUCAUAAAAUUAUUUUGUUCUUUAUGUUAAAAUUUCAGAUACCCAUUUUAAUAUGAAAGAUUUCAUCAACCUCUUAUAUUGUAAUGGAAUGGUAACUUUCUCAGAAAACUAUUGUGAUAUAUCAAUAAUACUGAACCACCGUUUCACUCAUCUUUAGAAUAAAUAGUGUAUGAUCAAUGUACCUAACUUCAGGAAAUAUUCUAGAUAUACUGGGCAUUUAUAGUAAUAAUCUCAUUAACUGAUGAUUUUUGGAAUAAUAGAUGAUAUAUUUGCAUACCCUUUACAAGGUACACAUGUACUUGCUCUUUGCAACUAAAAUAUUAUUGUAGUAGAACAUAAGAUUAAUUUGACAUAUAUUUUAUGCAUGAGUAACUUUGUUUAAGUUUUUGCAUUAAAGUAAAUACACUAGGACCUUAAGUGGUAGUUAGUUUUGAAAAUAGAAUUAGAGGAAUAUACAUGUACCUUUUCUAUGUAAGUGAUCUGCAAAUCUAUUGCAUAAUAUGAAUGGACUUACACACUUUUGAACUGUGUAAAGUAUGUAUAUCUUCUCCAAUUGUUUUAUAAGUGUAAAAUAUUGUACAGUUGUAUAUUGGUUUUUUUUCUUUUUUAUGUUUAUUAUCUCUAAAAAGGUAAAAAUAAAAUGACUGCAAAAUGAUCACACUCAUGGCGCCAAAAUUGGUCUGAUAUGUGGUGACACAGAAAUAUUCCAAAUUUAUUCUGCAUCUCAAACAAUUACUUAAAUUUUAUUCUUGAAAGUUUUGUGCAAAAUGAUAAAGGAAUCAAAUUGGUCUUUUCAACUAUGAUGUCACUUUAAUGAGGUCUUGUUUACUAGUUAGUACCUUUGGCAAUUGUGAUAUACAGGGUACUAGUAAAUAGCUUUUGAUAAAUAACAGCAACAAUCUUUAAUUGACUGAAAAAUUGUUAACAGAUUGUAAUGAGCUGUUUUUAAAAGUUUUGUACCGUUUUUCGAAGUUAAAAUAUUUUAGUCUAGAAAAUGUGUAUUUGCACUUAAUGAUGAUAGACUGAAUUACUACUAGUCACAGUACUACUGACUGAAAUAAAAUGACAAUCCUAAAUUGUGCUAGCUGUAUAUAUUUGCACCAUUAUAUUGUUAUUUAGCCAAGAGCCUAAUUUUGCAUUAUGGGUUUCAUAGGAAAUAAGCCAAUUUUAACUACAAAGUUUUUAGUUAGACCUUUCAUUAUUGAGUUAAAAGAUAAAACAAUGUGUCAUGUAGCUUCAGAACUCUAUAUUGUGUAAACCAAUAUUGUGUACACAUGCUAUGUAUAGACAUUGAUUUUUCAGUUUUUUCUAUAUAGUAGUAAUAUAAAUGUGCGACUUAGCCACUCCAUCAGAAGACUGGGCUUUAAAAAAAGAUUCAAAAUCAUUUAAACAAUUUUUUGAGGUUUACUCUUGAUAACCUUGGUCUAUAGGUCUAUAAUGACUCUAUAUUGUUUGUUUAAACUUUAUAUAGAAGGGCUGAAAACUAACUGGUUAAUCAUUAACAGACUUGAGAGGCAACCUCAUAUAACUUCUGAUAUAAAGUUGAAAUUAAUGAUGCAUAGAAGUGUGCCCUCUGUAGUAUCUUAUGUCUAAAUUGAAUGACCCCACAAUAUUUGUAGAUUGGUUCCGCAGUGAAUACAAAGAACAUAGAAUCAAACAAUGCUGUUGGGGUAUAAAAUGUCACAGAAGAACAUUAAUUGUCAGGAAUAUGACUGUGCAUUAUUUAUUAUUAUUUGAUUUUUGUCGAGCCUGCGACUUUUGUCGCAGAAAGCUCGACAUAGGGAUAGUGAUCCGGCGGCGGCUAAGGAGGCGGUGGCGUUAGCUAACUUCUUAAAAGCUUUAUAUUUUAGAAGGUGGAAGAUCUGGAUGCUUCAUACUUUGUAUAUGAAUGCCUCAUGUUACGAAGUUUCCGUCAGUCAGAUGUCCAAUGUCCUUGACCUCAUUUUCAUGGUUCAAUGACUACUGUAAAUUCAGAAAUUAUUGCGAGGUUUUUAUUAAUGCGAAUAAUGCGAGUGGUUGAUCAUCGCAAUAAUAAGAAUUCAAAUUCGGAUAUCUGAUACAUACGUCUGCAUGCAGCUUUUCCUGAAAUCGCAAUAAUUAAUCUCGCAUUUUUGUCCAUUUUACAAAAAUCGCAAUAAUAAAUGCACGCAAUAAUUUCUGAAUUUACAGUACUUGAAAAAAAAGUUAAGAUUUUUUGUAAUGUUAAAUUCUCUCUUAUUAUAAGUAAUAGGAUAACUAUAAAAAAAAUUAUUUGGUAUGUGCGUACCUUGCAAGGUCCUCAUGCCCGUCAGACAGUUUUCACUUGACUUCGACCUCAUUUCAUGGAUCAGUGAACAAGGUUAAGUUUUGGUGGUCAAGUCCAUAUCUCAGAUACUAUAAGCAAUAGGUCUAGUAUAUUCGGUGUAUGGAAGGACUGUAAGUUGUACAUGUCCAACUGGCAGGUGUCAUCUGACCUUGACUUCAUUUUCAUGGUUCAGUGGUUAUAGUUAAGUUUUUGUGUUUUGGUCUGUUUUUCUUAUACUGUAUGCAAUAGGUCUACUAUAUUUGGUGUAUGGAAUAAUUGUAAGGUGUACAUGUCUAGCUGGCAGGUGUCAUCUGACCUUGACCUCAUUUUCAUGGUUCAGUGGUCAAAGUUAAGUUUUUGAGUUUUUUUUUUUUUUUUUUCUAAUACUAUAUGCAAUAGUUCAACUAUAUUUGGUGUAUGGAAAUAUUUUAUGAUCUAUAUGUCAGUCACACAGGUUUUAUUUGACCAUGACUUCAUUUUCAAGGUUGAUUGCUCAGUGUUAAGUUUUUGUGUUUUGGUCUGUUUUUCUUAAAACUAUAAGCAGUAGGUCAACUAUAUUUGUUGUAUGGAAGAAUUGUUAGCUGUACAUGCCUGCCUAGCAUGGUUCAUCUGACCUUGACCUCAUUUUCAUGGUUCAUUGGUCAAUGUUUAGUUUACUUAGUUAAUGUUAAGUUUAUGUGACAGUUGUAAUAAAGCUUUAUAUUUAGGACUAUCAACAUAAUAUCAAUGAUUAGUAAAGAAGGCGACACAUUUCAGCGUGUGCACUCUUGUUUUUUAAAGCAUAUGUUUUGAUCUUGGCUCUUUGUCAGCUUGGGUCCCCAUUGAAUAUUUAGCACGAUUAUUGGCACAAAAUCGAUUAAUAUUGUGUGAUUUUGUAAAUAAGAAUGCCAAAUGAUAUGGUUAGUUCAAUGGUUAUAAAAACUUUAAAAGAAGAAAGAACUUCUCCUUACUUUCGAUUUUAUAUGGAGAAGCAUUGUCAUAUAUGCAAUUUAUUUAGAAAACUGCUGUUUUAGGGACCACUUUAACUCUUAAAUGUACAAAUUUUAUGGAAAGCUUGUCAAUAACAUGUAACAUUGUAAUCGAAAUCAUGAAGCUAGUCCAUAUAGUUAUUUAUGAUAUAAAGUUUUUAGGCUUGUUUGGCAGAGAUGAGCUGUAUUGUAUUUUUGCCAUGUAUGACACUUUGCACACUUUAAAAAAAAAAGAGCAAUAGUUUGGAGUGUUUUCUAUGAUAUGUACAUAAACUGGUGAUUGCUUUGAGGCAUGAAUGUGUUGUUAUUUAUACAAACAUUUUUAAACUGUUAUAUUUUCUUGGUAUAAACUCGCUUUCAUGCUUGGAUAGACAAACUUUUCAUGUUUUCAACUGAAAGUAUUUUGAAAACCCUUUGUUUCAAGAUUUAAUUAAUCUGCCAAAAACUGAAAAGAAUGAGCAACACAAAUGUUUGCCUGUUAUUUCUUGUUUAAUUUAUAGAAAAAAAAAACACUGAUUUGUGAGUUGAGUUUUUGCAAGUGGCCAACUGUAUACAUAAUAUGUCAAGAACUCUUAUGCUUCUGAAAUCAAACUUCAUAAGGUAGACUUCAACCUUAACAUCUAAGGUUAGUUAUUAUGUCACUGUUAAAAAUCUGUUUCAACUCAGUAAUUUUGAUUUCACUAGCAAAGAAUUUAAAAAAAAAAACUUUCAGGAUUAAUUACAAAAAAAAUUUAAAAGAUUGAUAAUAUUUGCUCGAUUAUUCUCUUUUUGUUUGUUCCACUUAUCUUUUUUUUUUAUCCGUAUUAAAAGGUUGAUAAAAUAUAAGUAUUAUCUUAAUUUAUAAAAUGUAAGUAAAAAUCUUUGAACAGCUUACUAUAACAAAUUCUUUUUAUUUUAUGUUAGGUUCUGUUGUUUAAUGUAUUAUAUUGUUAGAUGUUAUUUAUAUGUGUAUUUUUUUUACAGAAAAAAAACUAUUAUUUAGGUGGUUGUUAUAUAUGAAAAGACAAACAAUAAAGAACAUUAAUUACUCUU